AUGGGGCUAAGAGUUGCCAGCCUUUUUAUGCUCUGGCUGGCUCUUUCCUAUGCAAAUGAAAUAAGAAAAGGAAGGACAAGAAGCCAUGGCCACUAUGUCUGCAGCACUUGGGGAAACAACCAUUUCAAAACUUUUGAUGGAGACAUCUAUCAAUUCCCUGGCAUUUGCGAGUAUAAUUUUGCUUCUGACUGCCGAGACGCUUACAAGGAGUUCUCUGUCCACAUUCAGCGUGGUCUGAACAGCAAUAACCACCCUGAGAUCCAGUAUAUUCUGAUAACAAUCAAGGACUUUACGGUGUACCUCACACCAAAACUGGCUGUGGUGGAUGGGCGGAUUGUGAAGACACCUUACUACAGCUCUGUUGUGCUCAUUGAGAGCAAUGACAUUUACACCAAGGUUUAUGCCAAAUUAGGCCUGAUUCUGAUAUGGAAUCAGGAAGAUGCACUCAUGGUGGAGCUGGAUAGCAAAUUUAAUAACCAUACAUGUGGCCUCUGUGGGGAUUACAAUGGAGUUCCAAUCUACAAUGAGUUUAUUGAUGGAGUUGUAAGCUACAAUUCAAUUACGUAUGGGAAUUUACAGAAGAUCAGCAAACCCAAUGCCAAAUGUGAAGAUCCUGAUGAAACUCAGGCUCUUCCAAGCUGUAAUGGACAUCGUGAUGAGUGUGAGAGGUUGCUGACUUCCUCUGCAUUUGCUGAUUGUUGGUUACGUCUUAACUUGGAAAUGUACAUCCAAGCCUGCAUGCAGGACAAGUGUGCAUGUAAUGGAAAUGAGGACUCCUUCUGCCUCUGCAGCACCAUCUCUGAGUAUUCUCGCCAGUGUUCGCAUGCGGGUGGCCGUCCGACUGAAUGGAGGACACAGUACUUUUGCCGAACUGUGUAUGAUGAUAUUACUGAGAAGGGCUGCAUACCUGCUAGCCAGUGCCACUGCAAACUCCAUGGAAAGGAGUAUCCACCUGGAGAAAACAUUACCAAUGAAUGUGAGGAAUGGUAA